AUGCCUAUCGCAGUUGGAGCGUCGACGCUCAAGACUGAGCUGAGAGCUGCUCAGGAUGAGAAACCUGAGCUGGAGAAGGUCAACUGGUGGCAGGAACCAGGCCUGCGCAGGCUUUAUUGCUGGGCAGCGGUGCUGUGUGUUGCCUCUGCGACUACUGGAUACGAUGGAAUGAUGCUCAAUACCUCCCAGAAUAUAGAUGCUUGGCAGGCCUACUUUCACACUCCGAGUGGCUCCAAGUUGGGAUUGAUGAAUGCAACCUACCAGAUCGGUAGUCUUGUCAGUUUCCCAUUUGUUCCUUUUAUUGCCGAUCGAUGGGGCCGUAAACUCCCAAUUGUCAUGGGAUGUGUCUUGAUGAUUUUCGGUGGCUUGCUCGGUGCAUUCUGCAAGAAUUACGGCAUGUAUGUCACUGGUAGAUUGGUCCUAGGCUUUGGCAGCAGUCUGGCCCAGAUGGCUUCCCCCGUUCUCCUUACCGAGAUCUGCCACCCUCAACACCGAGGAAUUGUUACAACUAUUUACAACUGUCUAUGGAACUUGGGUGCAUUGGUCGUGGCAUGGCUUGCGUGGGGAACUAUGCAUAUUCCCAACGACUGGUCGUGGCGUUCCUUGACUCUCCUUCAAAUUUUCCCAGCCCUGAUUCAGAUCGCCUUUAUCUGGUGGGUCCCUGAAUCUCCCCGUUGGCUUAUCUCCAAAGAGCGCUACGAGGAAGCCUUGGAUAUACUGUCCUACUACCACGGAAACGGAGACAAGAAUAAUACCACCGUCCAGUUCGAAUAUCGGGAGAUCAAGGAGACUAUCAGUAUGGAGAUGCAGUACCAAAAGAACAGCAGCUACCUCGACUUUAUGCGGACGAAGGGUAACCGUUAUCGUCUGGCAAUCCUGGUCUCGCUGGGAAUUAUCUCCCAAUAUAGUGGCAAUGCGUUGUUUAGUAACUAUACCAACUUGAUCUACAACAGCAUGGGUAUUACCGAACAGAACAAGAAGAUUCCGCUCGAUGGUGGUAAGACUCUACUCAGUUUGAUUGUCGCUGUGGUCAGCGCUUUCUUCGUUGAUCGGUUCGGAAGACGGCCUCUUUUCCUGGUCUCCACAGUUGGCAUGGUUCUCAUGUUCCUUGCUUGGACCGUUGUAUCCUCCGUCUACGAGCGAACCCAAGAUGUAAAGAGCGCAGGCUAUCCACAAGUCGUCUUCGUCUGGCUCCAUGCCGUCGUCUACUCCAUCGCCUGGUCAGGUCUGCUUGUUGCGUACUCGCUUGAAAUCCUGCCUUAUCGCCUGCGCGCCAAGGGUAUGAUGAUCAUGAACUUGACUGUGCAGGCUGCUUUAGUUCUUGGAAACUAUACCAACCCCAUUGCUUGGGAGGACCUGCCUCACCACUGGAACUUGUCACUCAUCUACACUAUCUGGAUCUUUGUUGAACUCCUCUUUGUUUACUUCUUCUACGUCGAGACUCGGGGCCCUACUCUCGAGGAGCUGGCUAGGAUCUUCGAUGGUGAAGAUGCUGUUGUCGCACAUAUUGAUCUGCAUCAGGUUGAGAAGGAGAUUCAUGUUAGUGAGAAGGAGACGACUACCUAUGUGGAACCCCCGCUGAAUGCGACUGGCCCCAAGACCCUGCCAAACGGACUGCUUACCCCGAGUGCCAGCGAGCUGGAGACUAUCGAAGAGAAUGCGCAUGGUACCCUUCCCAAUGGACCUCCACCCCUCGGCAUCAGCGAAGGAGGUAUUGUCAACCUCAAGAUGAUCGCAAUGAACGCGAUGCUCGAGGUUUCUUUCUUUGAUGCUUUAAUUGAAAACAUCACCGAAGAGGUUCAUGGAUAUCGCUUCGCGACUGAAGACGACAAACACUUUAUUCUGAGUGGUUUGCGAGUCAUUCUAGCUCAAGAGGAGCUCCAAGUCCUGGAUUCCAACAAUCACCUGGCCCAGUUCGGCAUCGAGCCCAUGCUUCCCUGCCAGUACUCGAUUCCCGUCGACAACUUUGACGCAGCCAUUGAGCUUGCCGUCAAGUUCACAGAUAUGGCUCUAGGAGUCCUGCAAGACGUUGUCGAACGAUACGCCUUGAGCAGUGACUUUACCUUGGCACGCCAAAUCUCCUCCCUGAUCGGUGAGAAGGGCGAGCAACAAGGCUGGUUCCGCAUCAUGCAGGGCAAGGUUCCCAGCGAACUGCCGUACCCGACCACUGGCGAUGUCCACUUCGCCUUUAGUGCGGUUCAGAGCUUCACCGUUCCAGGCAGUUGCCCCAACAUUCACACCUUCCCGCUCGAGCCUUUCGAGCCUUUGCACGUCAUCCAAACCCCCGGCGCGAGAACUGGGGAUGUUAUUGUUUCUUUUGUUGACCAUCAAAAUAUCAGUGACAGCUCCCUGUGGGCGACUUAUAUCAAUCAACAGAACCUGCCAAUCGUGGAGCCGUUGAAGGUCAUCGCUCGGACAGGCAACGAGGUAACGGGGGAGGCUUUGUUUCCCUAUGAAGCACAUGGAAUGAAUGGCUUGACCAUUGCCGUUGUCACCACAACUGACGGACCGUUUUCAAAUUCCUACGAGGUGACCAAGGUGACUCUCGCUGGGCCUGGCCUUUUUGUUAUUAACUGA